AUGCGUUUACAAGUCUUGUGGCGCAACUCUGCGUUGAAGUCUUUACAAUGUUCACGACCCAUUAUCCUUGACGCCCAGCGAAGAGCUUUCAGCAUCCCGGAGCAGCCGAGAAGGAUCUUUCAAAAGAAGCGAAAAAGAAGAGUUGUCCAGCUUGCAGCAGGAGGAGGAACAUUACUUGCAUCGGCUGCCUUCCUCUCUGAUGAGAUUAAGCAUGGAUACCAUGCUACGGAGCGGUCAGCCAGGGUAAUGUCUACACUGGCUGUGUGUGUUAACGACUAUCGUAAGACACUUAAGCUGCAACGCGACGAUCCUAACGAGGAAUCUUUGCUUCUGAAGGCAUGUCAUAAACGCUGUGCAGAACGAACCUUGAAGGUUCUGGAGAAGAAUGGCUCUAUAUUUAUCAAGCUCGGGCAGCACCUCUCUAGCAUGGGCUACCUACUUCCGUUAGAAUGGACCACAACCUUCGUACCACUCCAGGACAAGUGUCCAGUGUCGUCUUAUGAGUCAAUCCAAGAGUUGUUCGUCGAGGACACCGGACAUAGGAUAGAAGACGAAUUCGAGACGUUUACUGAUCUUCCGAUUGGUGCUGCAUCACUUGCUCAGGUGCACGUCGCAACGCUAAAAGACACGCACCAGAAAGUUGCAGUAAAAGUGCAACACCCAGCACUAAAAGAAUGGGUGCCGCUGGACCUGGCUCUGACUCGAUUGACGUUCGCAACCGUGAGACGGUUCUUUCCGGACUACGAUCUUUCUUGGCUUUCAGAUGAAAUGGAGUCGUCGUUACCACAGGAGUUGGACUUUGCCCUAGAAGGUCAGAAUGCUAUGAACGCGAGCAGAUUUUUUGAGAAGAACACCAAAGUUCCGCUUAUCAUCCCAGAGGUAAUCUCAGCCAGUAAGAGGAUACUGGUCAUGAGCUACAUCACAGGUGCUCGCCCAGAUAACCUUGAAUAUCUCGACUCACACCACAUCUCGAGGGACGAGGUCUCUGCCACCCUCGCUCGCAUUUUCAACGCCAUGAUAUUUACUCCUGGUGCCCCGUUGCAUUGCGACCCACACGGAGGUAACAUAGCUAUUCGACAUAAUACUUCACGGCGGCAGCCUUACAACUUCGACAUCAUCCUUUAUGAUCACGGCCUGUACCGCACCAUACCAGAAAAGCUCCGCGUUGAUUAUGCCAAGCUCUGGCUCGCAGUCAUCGAUGCAGAUGAACCGAACAUGCGCAGAUACGCCUACGAAGUAGCUGGCAUCACAGAUGCGCAAUUUCCGCUCUUCGCCUCAGCUAUCACAGGCCGAGACUACAGCGUCCUUACGCACCAGGGGGUUUCUACAACCGCUCGCGACAACUCUGAGAAGCAAGCCAUAUCCGCAGGGUUCGGCGAAUACUUGUUGCAGCAACUUGUCCAGCUGCUCGGGAAAGUGCCAAGGAUAAUUCUGUUAAUUCUCAAGACAAAUGACCUUACUCGAAGUCUCGAUGAAGGGCUACAGACUAGUCAAGGUCCUGUGCGCACAUUCCUGAUCCUGGCAAAGUACGCAUCGAGGGCGGUUUGGGAGGAGCAGAAACAAAAGCUUCGGAGUCGGAGGGACUGGUAUAUGCCCGCAAACGCUUUGGCAUUGAUCAGUGCUUUUACAGGCUUUGUCAGGGUGGAGAUGAAACUCUUCUUCUACGAGAGAUACCUAGCGAUCAGGCGGCACUUGCACAUGGACUGA